AUGUCGAAACUCUCGGAGCCGUUGAAGCACCUCAUCAACGCCGCGCACGCCCUGCCUGGCCAGCUCAAGGCGCCGCCGACGAUCCGGUCGACCUAUGCUCAAAUAGCCGCCAGCGCGAGAGACCGAGGCGUCGGUAUCCCCGCGUGGGUCACCAUCUCGACCGCGGCGACGAUGACGAUGAACUCGCCGUCGUCAAUGGUGGAGCUGUACCACCUGACGCAGACGCUCCCGUCGGCGCCGUCGCCCACGGCCACAGCGGGGCUGAUGCGCGAGGUCGGACUCAAGUGCAUCUCGUUCAACGGCAUCCCGCGCUCGAUCAACUGCCUGGGUGCGUUCCGCGAAGGCAUGCCCAAGGACGUGUUCGACAAGAUCCCGCCGCCGGUGUCGCGCCAGCUGACGGCCCAGAACAUCGACGAGUCCAUGGCCCGUGGCCGCCGCCUGUGGAACUCGGUCUACUAUCCGUUUGAGGAGAAACUCCUGGCCAAGCUGGCCCAGUCGCAUCCCAACCUGCCCGUCCACAUCCUCUCGGGACACUACUCGAACCUGCUGGCGGACCCGCCGUCCGACGCACCCCUCCAGGUCGGGAGAGUGCUGACGUCGCUCACCGGCAUCGCCUGUCUUCGCGCCCAGACCGGCGUCGCACCCCAAGUGGUGAGCCACCUCUUCGGCCUGCGCAAGGCGUACCAGGACGGCACGGCCGAGAAGGAAAUCGAGGGCGGCGAGUGGCUGGCCACGGACGAGGGCAACCAGUGGAUCCUGCACUGCAUCGACGAGCUCGUCCGGGCAUUGAGUCAAGGCCGCGGCACGACGUUUGCGCCAGGCAUGGGCGGCGAGGAAAUCCCGAAAGCCAAGUUAUAA